AUGGAUAAAGAGGAGCCCAGUUCUUCGAUUACAAAAUUCGAUCUGGAACAACAAUUAGCAUACUUGAGUCAAGUAAGUCGUUUCUUACUGUUUCGAGGUUUAGAUUGUCACAAGUUUACUCUCAAUUCAUGCGGUAGUUAUUGUCAAAUGACAUUGUGUGAUAAAGGAAAUGAUAUGAUUUUUUUUCAAAUGUGCAAGAACUAUGAUUUUUUUUGAAAUUCACAAAAUUGCCUUAGGCAUAGUUCAAAAAAGCUUACCUUUUUUGAUUUUUAAAAUCCUAGUUUUCUUUUAAACUAUCUCAAUGUUACCUAAACUUUAAAACUUUUAGCUACGCCAACCCCAGCCGGGCCCAGCAGCCCCCUUUGCACCGAACCAAAACAGUAGGGAUUACCUACAAAGUCUACAGCUUCUGGCUUCACAGAUCAAUUCUGGGAAUGCUGGCUCGAAUCCUCUUCUCGGCUCUUCUAAUCAAACGUCAUUAGAAGAGCCGGAUCCACCUUUAAACACAUCAACUGGUUCAGCUCGGGAUCUUAGUCUACAUGCCAGGAACCGACGGACCUUCUCUGGGUCUGGCCAAACUAUAUCACAACACACGAGGGACCGGCUCAAGUCUAUGAUUGCUACGAAGAAACAAAAACAAAAGUAAGUUAUAGUGAUGGUAUUAGUGCUUUGGUACUAUCUUUACUUUGUUAUACACAACAUACAACAUAUUAUGUUACUCUUGACAUUUAUCGUGAUAUCAAGCUUGAUGCUUUCAGUAGUCUAACCUCAGCCAGUGGAUCAGCAGCCAGCUCAGAAGUGAACCUCCUCAGUCAACUGGCUUCACAAGUGAAUCCGACGCCGAUUGUGUCGCAGAAGCCGAGUAUCAGCAAUAUUCUGAAUGGCACUCCCCAGUUCGAAGCCUUCAAUCCCACGAUUCAGACGCCGUCAAACCAACUCAACGACUUCCAGCUACGGAAAGUGAACAGUGAACCGAAUCUAAAGAUGCGGCUACGGGCACGGCUACUGAAUAAAGGGUCUAGUCCAGUCACUAGUCAACAGCAUCCUUACAACAAUGUCCCUGGGAUACACAAACCAUUGCAACGGUAAGUUAUUGUGUUUUUGUAUGUUAGGAAUGUUUAUAUGGUCACAAAGUGUGUAGAAGUUGUUGUUUAACAUGUUUUACUUUAUUUUUGGACCAAUAUAGUAGUCCUUUUAUAUUUAUGAAAUAACUCCACUUUCAGCUGCGACAGUGACAGUGUGUCCAACCAAAUGGACCUGGGUGGCCUAAAAACUCAGGACACGCCCAACCUUCUGGCCCACGCCCAGUCCAUAUCGAAUAUGGCAUCGGCCUCGAACCUGGUCUUCCCAUCCCCAUCGCUACCUAAUCUUUCAAACAACUUCGAACAACUCCAAAAUGAUCUGAACACCUUCCUGAUGCAGGCCCAGCUGGCUAGCUACUUCUCCAUGCCCUCUCUAGUCAAGAACAACAAUCUCAACCCCUACUCGUCGAACGCGAUCCUAGAGUCGCUUCUGGAGAAGAACAACGGAAUGAACGCGGGGUUGAGCUUCAGGACGGCGUCGCAGCUACACAACGGCUACCCAAGUCUUCUGAAGCAGCAGUUGAGGGAUCUGGUGCUAAGGAGGAAGUCACUGGUCAGGGAAGAGCCUGAGGAAGAACAACUGAUGGGAGCGUUCAGUCAGAGAUUCAGCUUCAGUACGAACAGUAUCAAGACCGGUGAGUAUUAUAAUAUUAUAAAAUUAAAAUGUCAUCGAAAUACCUUAGUUUUGGCAAUACUUAACUUAUAUUAUUGUAGGUAUUGCUUAUGACGAACUAAUGAGUGGACACAGCUGUGUGUGUGGGAACGACUCGAAUCACGUUGAGCACGGUGGUCGAGUGAGCAGUAUAUACAAACGACUGGUCGAUGCUGGCAUAAUGGAUGUUUGUGAAAAGAUCUCUGGGAAGAAAGCGACGUUGGAGGUACUGAAACUGGCACACACUCCAGCUCACGUCAACUUCUUUGCGGGUUCCAUUGGUACCGGAUUCAGGACGGAUGGUACUGCCUUGGAAAAGUUUAUUCAGGUAGGAUAUUAACCCUUAUGAAGUGGUACUAUUUAGACAGGUAUAUCAUAAUUGAUUUUAAUUUGUCUUACUCUUCGAUAGAUCGUAUCAUCUUUCAGUUACCGUGCGGUGGAAUCGGAGUAGACGCCGAUACCUACUACAACGCAGAAACCAGCAAACAAGCCAUCCAACUCUCAGUUGGCACUUUAGUAGAACUAGUCAGUCAAGUAGCAGAAGGAAAACUCAAAAAUGGCUUUGCCUGCAUCCGACCCCCAGGGCAUCAUGCUGAACGAGAACAAGCGAUGGGAUUCUGUUUCUUCAACAAUGUAGCCAUUGCUACACGAUACCUUCAGCGAACGUACCAGAACAAGAGGAUAGCCAUAGUCGACUGGGAUGUCCAUCAUGGUAAUGGUACUCAGCUCUGCUUCGACAAUGACCCUAACGUACUGUACAUAUCGCUACACCGUCACGACAACGGUAACUUCUUCCCUGGUACUGGCGCUGUGACCGACAAUGGGUGUGAUGCUGGAAAGGGCUUCUCGGUCAAUAUUCCAUUCAGUGGCGACAUCAUGGGAGAUCCGGAGUAUCUUGCCGCGUGGAGGGUACUAGUGGUACCAUUGUUGGACUCCUUUAGGCCAGAGUUUAUUCUGGUGUCUUCUGGGUUCGACGCUUCUCGAGGACAUCCUCAAGCACUUGGAGGGUAGGUCUAAUCUUAAUGUGUCCAUCAAAUGUUUUAUACCUUUUCAACUUCUGGUAAGAUUAUCUAAAUUUGUAGUAUAAUCAAAACUUAUCAGAAAAAUUAUUAUAAGGAAGAUAAUAAAAAGUGAUGUUUUAGGUAUGAACUGAGCUCAAAAAUAUUUGGUUAUUUCACAAAAUCGUUGAUGGGAUACGCUGACGGUAAAGUGGUACUAGCACUAGAAGGUGGAUACGAAAUCAAUGCUAUCAGUGACGCCGCUGAAGACUGUGUCAAGGUAAAUACACUACUAUAAACAAUAGGGAGAGUGUCAUCUAAAAAGAUUACAUACUUGAAGCCACUUUAUAAUAAUAAUCAAUAGACGAAGAACUUAAAAUUUAAACUUCAGGCUCUAUGUGGUACCGGCGGCGACAUAACCGAACUGAACCCGGAGUCCCUGGAGCGGGCCCCCAACCAGGCUGCCCAAGAAACCAUUCAGAAAGUGAUAGCUGUACAUAAGAAGAGCUGGCCCGGCCUGACCGGCCUUCAGGGCAUCAACAUGAGUGAGAUGCACUGGCAGACCGUCUCCCAAGGGCUACAGUCCCUCACGGUGCGGGCCUGA